AUGCUCUUGCCCCUGCAGACUGGUACAGUAAACUCAAGGAGAGUGCCUAUGACGUUUCGCAGCAUCGCCGAGAAAUCAAGGUGACACGCCGCCGACGCCGGGGCUCGAUUUCGUCGGGUCAGAUAGGGUCAAACUGGGUCAAAUCGCCCGGGUCGACGAACGAGGUUGAAAACCGCGCGCCAUGCCUCUUAGCUUCCGUCCCCUUCUCUCGCACCAACCGCUUCCCACCCGUACCCUUCCACCGUACCCAAACCCGCACCUUUUACUCAACCUUUUAGGCCACUUGCUCAAAGUCAGUACCUGUACUACGCUGCAUGAGCGUGAGCUUGGUCCGGACGUGACAAACUGAUGGACUGACACGCGCUCCUGGGCUUUGCUCAACCAGGCGGCCUUGCCCUUUUGAUCGUCAACACGUUUAGCAACCAGCUCGUAAGUGCUCCCCGCGAGCUCUGCCUGGGAGGUGUCAUCAUGCUGAUGAUUCUAUUCGCAUCGUGCAGUCGUCGAGUCACAACAGGCACCGCGGGUAAGUGAUCGCAAACGGCGUCGUCACCUAUCAGCAGCCGAGACGGGGCCAUUGCGGAGGCACGCGCGGGCUCGCGGUGUGCUCCAGUCCGUGAAAUGCGCGCCCCCGCCCCCGAACGGGGUCGCCCGGGCGGAGCAACGCCGACGCGCCGCCAGCCGCUCGGCAUCCCCAACCGCCGCCUGCCGCCGCCCACUUGAGCACACCAUCCCGGCAUGCCAGAGGUGGAACUGACACGACGAUGCACACCCCUAUACACACUCACAGCGCUCGCAAGAUUACGGCACCCGGUGAAGACAAGCAAACCGCCUAA